AAUUCGAUAAUUAUUGUGUUUUAUCUGAUUUUGAGCACACUAAAAAUUAAUUACGGUUUUUUUCCGCCUUUGAGACUAAAUUAUUUCAACUAAUCCAAUUGGAGUUCGCUGUGUAAAUGCGAAAGAUUAUUUGACAUUUCGUAAUAACAAUGCCGACAAACUAGCUGCUACUGUGUAUGUGUAUGUGUAUGUAAUUGCGCAUAAUUAAUUCAAUCUGAAACAAUGACCAAUAGACGAUGCGCCAUCUAUUGGUGAUUCUUUUAAUUUUCAUUCGAUUGUAUCGUUGUUGAAAUGGUUAUGAGCAAAAAAAAGUCAUAAACACAAAAGUCAUCGAUGCCAAAAUAAUUACAUCAAAUUCAGGGACAGGCGUUGCUGUAAUGACCACCAAUUAUCGUAUAUUCCUUAUAAAUAGUAUAAAAGAGCCGAAAAAUCGACAAUUGCCCGAAAUGCCAAGUGAAUAUCAUCACCCAUACGUUCGAUUAAGACUAACUUUGAUGGUACUUACUUUUGAUUUGAUUUAUUUACAGAAUCGAUACUCGAUCCAACGUGUUGGACUAUUAUCAAUGAAGAUCGAAAUACAUGCAGUUUGGUUGUACGUGAACAUGAAUUGUUCAAAUUAAGCCAGGGAUAUAGUGUGUGUUCCGUACAAACGGUAUCCAUUGAAAAUGAAUUUAAAAGUAUUGUCCGUUUUGUAUAAUCAUCGAUUUUUGGCAUUGUAUGUAUACAAAUAACGGCAUCGUUUGGAUGGGAACGUCUGAUUUGCAAACAAAAUACUGUGAAUUUAAAACAAAUCAAUCUGAAAAACCAAAGCAAAUUGAAUGGUGAUUGUGCUUCAUUUGUUUUACGAUAGAUACGAUCAUUUUUAUGGAUCUUUAGCGGCCAGCUAUGAAUUUGACACAAAUACUCAGAAGAGCUUGAUUCGAGCUGCAUACUUUGGCAAGGCAUUUAUUGCCAGCCAUAAUCCAGAUAAAUACAUUGAAACAUGUCGAUACUAAAAUCGGAAUACCUUUAACAUAUGCACAGUAAAUUUGAUCAUGAAUUUUUGUUGUAGAAUGAGAAUAAUGCUAUGAUUUUAAUUAUUAUUCUUUGUCUAUGUUUAAUCGAUUGAAGCCACAUGUUGUGUUGGAUCGAUUGGUGUUUCGCAAACAUUAUGGUUUGGCCAUUCAAAUAGCAAAACAUUUAAAAUUGCCGGAAUAACGAAUUUUGGAACAUGAAACAGCAGCUUUGUAGAAUUUUUCGCACUCUCGUCACCGGCCAAUCGCGUGCUAUUAGAUAUACGGUUAUAUAUUUGCCUAAAAAUAUGCAUGGCGGCAGCGCCAACCAUGGAACCAUAUUCACAACCCAACCCUGGAAACACAUAAACAGAUUUUAUAACUUUUCAUUGGUGUAAAAAUGAAACAAAGGCGGUCUUCAAUUUGCAUGAAGAGUAAAAAACGUGAAAAAUAGACAAACUACUAAAAAAUGUUAAUCAUGGUUAGACUAAAUGGAGUUUUUUUUUUUUAACGGAGUCAGUAAAAAACCAUAAUAACAUACCUUUGCUUGUGGAAAACCUUCAUGAACGUACGUUGGUAGCCAUGAAAGUAGUACAAAGAAGCAAUUAUUUUGGCAUGCGUGUGCAAUGACCAUGGCCCAAAAUGCCGAUUUUCGAAACAGAAGUAGCCAUGGUACCGAAUCAUUUGCACUAACAUUUGUUGUGCACAAUCGACUUGGUAUCGAUAAAUUAAUAAUACGAUUUCGAUCCGAUGACAUCGUAUAAAAUCGCAUCAUGAACGCCCAUACAAUGCCCAAAAAUCCAAUUAUCCGAAAGGCCAUCUGCCAUCCAAAAUAGUCUAAUAUAAAUGAUCCUAGGAUGCCGGUCAACAGUGUACCAAGCGUCGAACCCGACGUUAACAUGCUAAAGAAACUAGAACGCUCACUUGAAUUUGAAUACUGAAACAAAAACAAAGGGCUCCCUUUUAAUAAAAACCAAUUCACCACAGAAAAAAAAUACUGCUCAAUACCUGAUUAGUGAUGAUGAUCAUGCUGGGAAAAUGAACGCCUUGUAAGGCGCCAUUCAAUAUUCUUAUUGUCACUAUAAAAGGAAUGGUGUAAUACCAUUGUCGCGGUGUUAGUACGAGCAAUUCUGGCAUCCAAAAUGUGAUCAAUGACCAACUAAUAGCCGCUACAAAUAUUACGCGUUGGCCACCCAUUCGAUCGCUAAAGUAUCCAUCCAAAACCUGACGAUAGAAGAAACAUAUUUUUGGGUAUAAAAAAAUCGAUUUUUUUCAGUGUAAAUUCGAGAUUUUCUUUUAAUUCUACCUGUGUACCGUUUUGCUCCAUCGAAAUUCGCUAGAAACAGCUGGCAGUAACAAAAGGAACUGAUGUUCGUGUCGCGUACAGCAUACACGUUCCCAUCAACAAUGUCAUGAACCACAGACGCUUUUCAUGCCUGAAAAAGUCCAGAAAAUUAACUUUCGUUGCAAGAGUUUCAUUGAAGCAUCAACAUUCACAGGUGGACUGGUUGACUGGUUUCAAUUAAUUUGAAUUAAAAACAUAUAAAAACCUUGUCCAAAUGCUGAUGUCAUCGUUGGGAUCUCGUAACAACGAAUAUUUGAGUUUUUCGUCCAUUCUUGUUUAGUUGCCAGGAACUUGUAUGUUGUUUAUGUAUUGCUGUCAAUUCUGGGCCUAUUAUGUCAAUUCGUCGACAUUAUCUUAUAAUUUCCUACUUUCUAUUUAUUACAAUUAUUUGUUCUUUUUAAAUUCGUCUAAAAAAGGUGAUGUUUUUUCGUUUGUUGGAGCUACGUUUACAUUUUGAAUAUCCACGUUCAAUGUAAUGUUGCGUCGACGAUACAGAGAAAAUAAAAUGUUCGUCUUGAUUAAACACACAUAUUUAAAUACACUGGAAACAAUUACGAACGAUUUGCGUAUGGAACCAAAUGAUUUAUCAGAUUAAGUUCGUCUUCGAUGCGAAGAUAAACAGAUUUUACUUGCGUUAUUGUUUGAUUUAAUACAUUGAUCGGGCAAGUGUAUGCGAUUAUUUUUAUUAUUUUAUUGGCACACACAAUACGGAGACAGAGAGAGAGAGAGAGAGUGAAAAAAUGCCAACAAGUACUGAUAAACAAUUCAGACUCGGUGUCUGUCAGUGCAACCAAAUUUCAAUUCACCACCAUACAAUGAAACGUCAACUUGUCAGCUGUGCGUAGUGAAAAUCGUUUGAAAUUUGAAUUACUUUAACACACACAAAAUGAGCUAAGUCUGAAAGAAAUAUAGAGUGUUUGGAUAAUAAUAAGAUGAUUUCUACCGCACUGUGAUCAACUUUGCCUCUAAGAUAGUCUUGAGCCGUUUUCUGAAGGAAAAAUAAUUUCAAACUUUUUUCCGUUGAAAAUGAAGUGAGCAUUUGAUUGAGAACUUGAAAAAUGCUCUAUUUUCUCCACAAAUUUCGGAUUUUUAUUUAAGCAGAGCACUUGAUUUUUAUGAAUUAGGCAACAAUUUAUCGGAAUAGUACCACUUUUUUGUAAAUAUAUUUCUUUAUAAAACGUGAAAACCCAAUAAGUUUCAAAUUCGUCAUAAUUUAAGUGUUUUCGUUAAGAAUUAUUCGUUGCUGUUCUUAUUAGAGGUGCAAAAGGCAUAUGAACGUAGGCAUCAACAAUGGUGAUUUCAGCUUCUUUGCCAAUAGCGGGGAAGAAAAGAUCAACACAUGCUUCAGUCAAGUGCUAGCAAAGCACAACCCAACAAAUCCGAAGCCAAAGCCAGAGCCAGAGCAACCAUCAAAGACUAAACGGAAACCCCGUGGACCAGCAAAAGAAAUUCCACCAAUCGUUCCAGAAUUCAAGGCAAUUGUGGAAGGUCUUGAUGAGGUCCAUCGCUUUGAUUGGCCCAGCAACAAAGAUUUCGGUAAUGGCCUCAAACAUCUAUGCAAUCAAUACAUAGACAACAAUGUCACCAAUUCGCAAACACAUGCUGAUAAACACAUAACUCAAUAUCUGAAGAUGAAAGUGUUUCAGAUGAACACAAAUGAAGCCAUUGAAGAGAAAUACCUGCCAAGUGACAUCGACUGUGUGGUGAAGCUCAUUCUCAAGGAAAAGGUCAUCAAAGUGCCAGCUAGUGACCCAAAUAAACUUUAUCGGUGCGGAGUUUUGUAUGACAUCGUCAAUAAAUUGAAUGUGUUCCCGGAAAUCGACCUACAUGAUCUCACGACCAAUUCAAAAAAUUGGUUCAAAGCUGUGCCGAUGUAUCUAUCUAUGCAACGCGAGAUAGAAGAAUUUAAUUUGCUGCGAGCACAUCAAGAGCCACCGAAGAAACGCAAAAAGAGAAAGCGCAGAAGACCGAAGGGUAAGAAACGACAGUGGAUCAUCAAACGAAAACAAAUGCUCGACGAUUUGGAAUAUCUACCGUGCAUUCGCAAUUUGGUGGUAGUUCCGAUGUGUGAUUUUCGGCGUACGCAUUUCAAAAUCGACUGUUCGAGUAUGUAUCAGAUCUUGUCUUCUCAAAAAUUGAUUCCGAAACAGUUAACUGAAGACGGAAAACCAAGUGACAAAAAUAUUUCACAAAAGGUUUUCAACGAGAAUAAAGAUUACAUAUGGAAUCAGUAUUUUUAUAUGCGUAAAAUUCGGUGGUUUUUGCGCCGCAAAAAGAAAUUUGACUUUUCGAUAAACAGCGAUGGAAUUGCUGUGUCUCUGCAGUAUUCCACCAAAAAGAAGGAGACCAGCAACACACAAUCGGGCACCAGUCGAUUGGACAUCAUUGACAUGUUGAAGGCGGGCAAAUUCAAAAGAUUGGGAGGUACAGAUUCAGGCAUGCGGAACUGGAAUACCACAACAAUACAUGAAAUUGAUACUUGCAAAGAAAUCAACUUUGUUAAAAAGAGCAAGCAGUGCCAUUGGGAGACACAUCAAAACGUACGAAACGCAAAAGCGAAGCGAUUCACGAAAAAUUUCAUCGAGAAAGAAAGACAAGAUCGAGAGAAUCGUGAGCU